GAUAAUAAGUCUUUUUUUUUUUCAGAAAAUUUGUGUCAAUAUGAAGUGAUUUUAUCUGCCAGUGGGGUUAUUUCAAGCAACGCUCACUUAAUUUGGAUAUUUUUUUAAUUUGUAGUAUUUGUGUUUUAUGUAGCUAUAAAAAUAAUUAGUUCCCUUUAUUUUAUUCCUUAAACUUCCACUACUUGCUCUUAAGAAGGUGUAGAGUGUGUGAGUCUGCAGAAGUGCUGAUGUGUGUUUCUCUGAUCAGGUGAGCUGCACACGAGCUGUCGAGAGCUUCAGAUGAAGGGAGGCGUUCAGAAAGACGGAGAGCAUUACAUCAAAGUCCGAUCCUCGAUCCUGCAGAUCUUCUGUGCCGGGAUGCAGAGCAGCUUCCCCAAAGAGUACGUGACCCUGCGCAGCGGCCAGAACGACAACUACUCCGAGGUGUACGGGCUCCAGAACCCCUCUGAGUGUCUGUAUAACGGCAGUCGACGGCAGGACUGCGCCUGCAGGAGGGAUUACGCCGCGGCCGGCUACACCAUCUUUCACCGCGUGCGGCUCGAUCUUUCCAGCAUGCGCAUCAUCACGACUGAUGUGAAGUUCAGUCAGACGCUGUUGGGUCGCUCUGUUUUGGGUCAGUUUAGUAUAAAUCUGAGUGGAACAGGACUCAGGGUCACAGAAUCCACUAAAUGGGUUUCACAAGGCAACUACGUCACGCUCAAAGUUCACCGGUCACAGUACCUCACUUUCAGACCUCAGAUGAGUCCAACAGCUGUUCCUGUCUUUCAGUUGUACAAACAGGACUGUGAGACCUUCGGGAUAGUGAUGAAGAUGCUUACAUCCAAAGAUCAAACUCUCAAACCGACGCUCCUGUCAGCGCUGUAUAAGAACCUGGUUGAAAUCUGGGAAAAAUACUUGGAAAACAUCAACUAG